AUGCACCUUGGGUAUGAGACGGGAGGAGUGGGCCCGACCGUCGCCGGACCGUCAGACUGCAGCUUGAAGCUCUCCUCUUCUAUGGCCCUUUCCCCAGACUUUUACCCCAGACUUUUGACUUCGGAGACCGCACUAAAGCCGAUCCGUCACGCAGUCCUCUCGAGUGGCUCAACCUUGGCCGCGCCAUGCCCGUUUCGGACAAUCAGCCAACCAGACCAGUCGGACCAUCUCUGGUGCUUCACACAGUGGCCAGGUGCGGUACCGGCAAGAGCAAGUGGAGGCAUUGGAAGGAAGGCCAAGGCAAGGCAAGAGCAUAUGAGAUGUACUUUCAGCACAUUCCAGUGUAUGAAGACCUCCUAUGAAGAAGGUAUCUUGGGUACUUAG